AUGUCAAUCGAUUCCUUUCUUCAGCUAAAGCAAGAGAUAGCUCAGUCCUAUCCCGAGUUCGAGUCCAAGGCUACCCAAGCCUGGUCAGAGAUACUCGAGGAGAUGGCUCGGGUGACCAAAAUCAUCGCGGAACAGGGUCCGGAUUAUCUCCCAAUCGUCGAGUACUCUGAGCUUACCUCUCUGUCAGCCGAUCGUUUAGCGGAAUUGCGACGAAAGGGGUCCUUUGUUGUCCGAAACGUGGUACCUCGGGAUGAAGCUGUUGGCUGGAAAUCCGGUCUAGACAAGUUUGUCUCUAACAACUCCAACGUCGAAGGCACACCUGCAAAUAACCCUCAAUACUUCCAGAUCUUCCAUACCAAGCCCCAAAUCCUCGCUCGAUCUCAUCCAAACGUGCUCAAGACCCAAACAUGGUGCAACAACCUAUACACACACUCCUCGGACAACGAACCUGUUGACCUCAACACCCCUUUGACAUAUAUCGAUCGAUUCCGUAUUCGACAACCUGGUUUUGCAUGGGGUGCUCAUCCUCCUCAUAUCGAUGGAGGUUCUAUCGAAAGAUGGCAAGAUUCAAAGUUCAGAUCGUGCUUUGAGAGUAUCCUUAAAGGCGACUGGCGAAGACACAAUCCCUACUCCCUCAAAGGUAGGAUUGGCGCUCGAAUCUCUACCAAAGGACUCCCGAAUCAAGCUAGUAUCUUCAGAACUUUCCAAGGAUGGCUGGCUUUGAGCGACACCGCGCCUCGAGAAGGUACCUUGAAGGUAUUCCCUGAUAUCCUGCUCUCAACAUCAUACAUCAUGCUCCGUCCUUUCUUCUCCCCCACUGUGGACCCUUCCGACCCAGCUUAUUUGGCAGCUGAGAGCUGGAAGUUUGACUUGACGGAUCACAAAUUCCACGGUGUCAGCCAGGCUGCCAAUGCUGGUGUAUCAGGUGCCGCUCGACCAUUCGAGUUCUCCGAUUCAACUCACCCGCAUAUGAACCUGGAACAAACGAUGGUAUCCGUGCCAGCUGUCCAUCCCGGUGAUAUGGUCUUCUGGCAAUGCGACGUGGUUCAUGCUGUCGAGAAGGAACAUAUCGGUAAAGAAGAUUCAUCUGUGAUGUACAUCCCAGCUGUGCCAGAUUGUCCACAAAAUGCAGAAUAUAUCAAGGAGCAGCUGCAACUGUUUCUCCGGGGCUGUCCACCACCCGAUUUCCCUCAAGGCAGGACGGAGAACGACUAUGCGCUUCAUGGAACGGUACAGGAUAUAGUCAAUCCAGCAGGUAGAAAGGCUUUGGGGGUGGCUUGA